AUGGAAAAUGCAGCGGGUGAAGCAGCUCAGGGCGCGAAACCAGAAGCUUCGGCUUUGCAGGUGGCUCGCGGUGACGAACGGUGCGCCGCCUGGAACAGUACGCCCCCCAUAAACCGUUUGCCCACCGAGCUCCUCCUCCGUAUUUUUGCCGCCUGCUUUCAGCCCACGAGCUUCGUCGAGGACGACCCAAGACGAACCCACCUGCGGCGCACGGUGCUCCUCCUCGUCUGUCGCGGGUGGCGGGACUUCAUCGAGAGUACUCCGACACUCUGGACAUUCGUCUCGCCGCACACGCCUCCGCCCCUUUACGACCUGCUACUGUCACGCGCGGCUGGGGCGGGCCUCGAUUUCUCAUUCAAAUGCGAAGACAGGUCGGAAUGUUCUUUCUCCCCGCAUUUUUCUCCCGAAAUUGCUCUUCUUGACUCACCUGAUGAAGAAGACGACCGGACGACAAGCGAUGGGGAGGAUGACGACGACGACGACGACGACGAUGACGAAGAUGGGAGGGAAGAGGAAGAAGCGCAGGACGAGGAUGAAGAUGGGGAGGCGGGCGAUGGGCAUUCUGAGCGAGGAUGGAUUAUCGACUGCGAAGAGUAUUCAUCCAAGGUCUGGUCAGAGGUCGCCGGAGCGGCGAUCGCCACUCAAUCGAAACGGACGCGCAGUCUUGCCUUGGUGGAUUCCGAUUGGCUGUUCUACACCUUGCAGUUCUUCGAAGCCCUCUUCCAAGACAGAACGUGGCCCAUCCUCACGGACCUGUUCGUCGAUCACACCAGCAUAGACGAAGGCUCAUCUCCUCCUCGCAACGCCGAGUUCUUUCUUCUCACGCAGGCGCGUUUCCCGAAACUCCAACACCUCACCCUCGACAUGGUCCUCCCCAUCGAGCCGGCGCUGUUUCCUCAGCUCAGAACACUCAACCUCAUCGGCCCGACAGUGCAUUGGCCUCCUCUUGAAGACUUCCUGCUCUGCCUCUCUCAAUCUCCUCAGCUCGAAAUACUCCGCAUACGGCAGGAACUUGAUAUGUCACAAGACGGGCCCACGGCUCGCCACUAUCCUCCACCGGCGCCCACAUCCACACUCCAGCUCCCUUUGACGCUACCCCAUCUGCGUUCGUUGAGCCUUGGUGCCGCACGUCAUGAGGAAGUCAAGCUGCUCCUGCGGGCCUUCCCUCUUGCUCGCCCCGACCUCUAUGUUACCGGUCUCUUCAACGAAGAUUGGCGGCGGCCGCAUGCGAAUGUCCACCCCAGCCGCUGCCUCAGCAUCCUCGACGCCUUCUUUCCUGACUGCGGGGACACAGUGCCGAUACCUGUUCCCCGCUCGGUACAGAGGUUGUACGUCUAUGCCACCCUCUUCCGGGCUACCAUCAAGGGACUAGCCGACGACGACCCCCCAACCACUCUGUUCGAGUGGAGCGCUUCCUCCACGACUCGGCAGUCCCUCGACGGCGCAGGCACCAGCCGCUACGGCCUCUCCUGCGGCAUCAACGACGUCGUCACGCUCUUCAGCGGAUCACCCUUGCGGCGCAUCAGCUUCUCCACCGACGACGUGUGCCCCGCAGACGGCCAGUGGGACAGACUGUUUACGACGUUUCCUGCUCUCGAGCACCUCGAGCUCAUCGGCAACGGAGCGCCGAUUGGCCUCCUCCACGCGCUCACCCCUGCCCCGUCCUUGUCGAGCGUCACAGACAGCGGCCCCUGUCGUGCUCUCCGGGAACUGGGCUGCUUCGUCUACCCAGCGCCGGAGGCCGCGGAGGUGGUCUUCCAGACGAUAGUCGAGUGCCUCCGAACGCGGGCGCGGCACGGCAUGCAUCCGCUGCGUCAAGUCGAGGUGCGCGUGCCGGUGCCGAGUGACGAAGGUGCAAAGAAAAGGUUCCAGUUCGGGGUCGGACCUUACCUGGAAGAGUUGCGAGAGCUGGUCGAGGGAGAGGUCGACUUCAGGGAUAUCGCUUCUUACGAUUGA